AUGAUGGACACACAUAUUGAAACCUGGGUAGCUAUCGUCGCAGGGGCCACUGUCAGUACAAUGAAACCGACUACGCAGACCCGCUAUCAGUCGCUGACCAGAGAUCCGUUACAGUCUGGCAUGGGAAUUGACCUCGCCAAGAACCUCUGCGCGAAAGGAUGGAAGGUGGCUUGUGUAGGUCGACGCCAGGAGGCCGGUGAAGCCCUCCUAAAAGACCUACCGCAGGACAGAGCGUGCUUCUUUGCCGCGGAUGUCUCCAACUACGAAGAGUACGCGAGUGUAUUCAGCAAAGUGCAUCAGCUCUGGGGGCGUAUUGAUGCGUUAUGUGCCAACGCCGGUAUUGUCGAUACGUCUUCCCUUUACAUCUACGACUCGAAGAACAACAGCGUUGACAACAUCCCGUCGGCACCGGAUCUGUCUGUUGUAGACAUCAAUUACAAGGGUGUUGUGUAUGGCACCCAGCUGGCAAUCCAUUUCAUGCGCCAUAAUCCGCAGCCUGGUGGUCGUAUUGUCGUCACGGGUAGUAUUGGCGCGGUCUUUCCACACGAAUCGUAUCCGGUAUACUGUGGCACUAAGGCUGCAGUGAAUCACUUCAUCCGGGGUGUUGCCCCGUUGCUGAAGCAAAAAGAGAAUAUCCUGAUCAAUUGUGUCAUGCCAGGGAUUGUGGACACGCCCAUUGUGCCACCCGAGAUGAUUGCCGCUGUCACUCCUGAAUGUCUCACCCCUGUGCGGACUAUCCUCAAAGGAUACGAAACGUUUUUAGAGGACUCGACGGGAAUGGCGGGCGAGCUAUUAGAGUGCUCGGCCGACAAGCUGAUCUACUACCAAAUGCCCGAACCUGGAAAUGGCCAUAUCACAAAGCGAGCUGUCACAGUCUGGGAGCCACUGUUCCGCAUCAUGCACGGCGAAGACUCUGGGCUGCCGGACGCCAUCCCGUGA